CCGAAGAACUGCGACUUGUGAAGAUCCGCGGACCCCGUCGGCUGUGGCGCAUCCGAUCUCAGCUCAGCGCGCGCCCUUGGCAAUUCUCUGUCCUUGUCGCUCUUUAUAAGUCUCGCUUUGCUCGAGAUAGCUCUUGUUCAUUGCCUCCUGGAACAUUGUCUCCUCCCUCGCACUUGAUCUCCGGCGCGCGCGAAAUCCGUUGAAACCAAACCUCCGACAGCUUUUGCGUCACCGUUAAAUUUCCCCGCCAAUUCCGCUCAGAUCCCACAAGCACAGGGAUAUCCUGUCGAAGAUGGGGUCCAAGAAAGAUUCCAAAUCCAAAAUCAACAUCCCUGUCCAACCGGUCCCCGAGAAACGCGGUUACGAGUUCGCCGGCCCCAUCGGCGCGUUUGGAAUUGUAUUCGGUCUCCCAGUCCUCAUCUACAGCUUCACCUUCCUUUGUAACGAUGUCUCCGGCUGCCCCGCCCCGUCGCUGCUCCAUCCAUCCACCCUGACUCUCGAUCAACUGAAGAAAGAAGUGAACUGGCCAGAGGAGGGGCUCAGUGCGUUCUUUGACGUCCAAGUGACGCUGUGGGUGCUGAGCUACUAUUUCCUCAGCCUGUUUCUCUAUGUCUUCUUGCCUGGUCAGGAGGUGGACGGCACGGUGCUGGCCUGUGGAGGAAGGCUCCGAUACAAGUUCAAUGCGUUCAACUCCGCCGUCACCAUUCUUUCCGGAUGCGCUCUCGGUACUUACGUGUAUGGAGCCGAUUUCGUCGUUUGGACAUUCCUCUGGGACAAUUACUUGCAGGUGAUCACUGCGAAUCUGGCGAUCAGCAGCGCUCUUGCUAUCUUCGUUUACGCGAAAAGCUUCACGGUGCCGGCGCCCGGUCAGCUCAACCCCGAUCUCAGGCAAUUGGCGCCGGGUGGCCACACAGGCAACGUGCUAUACGAUUUCUUUAUCGGCCGCGAGCUGAACCCGCGUGUUCGACUGCCAAUCCCAUUUGUCAGCGAAGCGUCGCGCACCAUCGAUAUCAAGUCUUGGUUUGAAAUGCGGCCCGGAUUGCUAGGAUGGAUCAUCCUGAACCUGUCCAACAUUGCCCGUCAGUACCGGACCUAUGGCUACGUCACCGACUCGAUCGUAAUCUCCACUUUCUUCCAGGCAUUCUACGUCCUGGAUGGCCUGUACAUGGAACCGGCGCUUCUGACCACUAUGGACAUCAUCAUGGAUGGGUUCGGCUACAUGCUCUCAUUUGGUGAUAUCGUCUGGGUUCCCUUCAUCUACAACUUCCAGACCCGAUACCUGGCGAUGUUCCCGUUCGAGCUGGGCGUCAAGGGAAUCUUGCUUGUGCUGAGCGUGACCGCCGCAGGCUACAUCAUCUUCCGCGGUGCCAACAACCAAAAGAAUCGCUUCCGCACCGAUCCGACUGACCCUCGCGUGAGCCACAUCAAGUAUAUCAAAACUGCCAGCGGAUCUAAACUGAUGACUUCGGGAUGGUGGGGCUGUGCGCGCCAUAUCAACUACCUGGGUGACUGGACCAUGUCGUGGUCGUACUCGCUGCCUACCGGGAUCGCAGGCUUUAAAAUCAUCGAGAGCAUCGAUGCUGCUACUGGAGCCGUUCACAAGCAGGCAGUGCAGACACCGGAGACUCGUGGCUGGGGAAUGAUCUUCACCUACUUCUUCUUGAUCUACUUCGGAGUGCUGCUCAUUCACCGGGAGAGACGUGAUGAGGAGAAGUGUAAGAGGAAGUAUGGUGCUGAUUGGGACCGGUAUACAUCCUUGGUUCGCAGCCGCAUUAUCCCUGGCAUUUACUAGUCCGAGGAGUUGCUUGAUUCGCUCCGGAUUGUCUUCGACAUUAAUAUUCUUGGUAACUUAUCUUGUUCAAUAUUUUGAUUAAAAAAUAUCCUUAAUCCUCACCAUUAGCAGUACAUAUCAACUUUAGACUUGCUGAUAUUGAAUUCAAUAAUUAAGCAUAAGAAAG